AUGACCCUUGUCGCCAUCACCUACACUCGCGGCUCCCUGCACAUCCUCAACCAGCUCCUCCUCCCCCACCAGACCACUUAUGACCCUCUCCACUCCGCGCGCGAUGCCUGGCACGCCAUUCACGAAAUGCGCGUCCGUGGAGCACCGGCCAUCGCCAUCGUGGCUGCCCUCUCCCUCGCCGUAGAGCUCCAUACGUUAGCGACCAGUAAUCAGCUAUCCGCGGAACCCAAGGACGUUGGACAGCUUAUCCUGGAGAAGUUGGAGUUUCUGGUCAGUAGCCGGCCGACGGCGGUGAAUUUGGCAGAGGCGGCGGGGAGGUUGGGCCGGAUUGUUAACGGUAGAGCGCAAGUGCAGGGUGUUGGUGGGAAUGAGGUAGCGGAGGCGUAUAUCGAGGCUGCGGAGAGGAUGUUGGACGAUGAUGUAAGGGAUAAUAGGGCCAUUGGGGAGUCUGGGGCAAAAUGGGUGCUGGAACAUGCAAUCACUAAAGGGUCUAUAUCGGGGACGGGGCAAGCGAAGGUUGCGGUGUUGACGCAUUGUAAUACUGGCUCCCUCGCUACAGCCGGCUACGGCACAGCCCUAGGCGUCAUUCGCUCCCUACACGCCACUGGGUCCCUCGAGCGUGCCUACUGCACAGAAACCCGCCCGUACAACCAGGGCUCCCGCCUCACCGCAUUCGAGCUCGUCCACGACAAUAUCCCCGCCACUCUCAUCACAGACAGCAUGGCCGCGGCCCUCCUCGCGCGCCAGAGCGCAGGCCCAGCUCAAAGUGUGGGCGUAAGCGCCAUAAUCGUCGGAGCAGACCGUGUGGCCGCCAACGGCGACACGGCCAACAAGAUCGGGACAUACGGCCUGGCCGUGCUGGCGAAAUACCACGGAGUCAAGUUCCUCGUCGCGGCGCCGCGGACGACCAUCGAUAUGAAUACGAAGACCGGUGCGGAUAUCGUUAUUGAAGAACGGCCCGAGAAGGAGGUCACCAGGAUUCGGGGGCCGCGGGAUGGAGAGGAAGGAAAUGGACUUGGGGCGAUGGAAACUAUCACGGUUGCAGCUGACGGGAUUGGCGUGUGGAACCCGGCGUUUGAUGUUACGCCUGCGGCACUUGUCGAUGGGAUUAUCACGGAGGUCGGGGUGGUUGAGAAGGACGGAAGCGGGGUGUUUCAUCUGGAGCGGAUUUUCUGA